UCGUCGUCACUUGUCACUGAUACUCUAACAGCACCUUCACCCACAUCCGUGUCAUCCCACAGGCUGGCCGCAGCACUCUGCCCGGCUGGAUGAGCCAUCUCCGACACUUGCAGGACUAAUUGAAGAGAAGAGCAAAGUAAUUACGCCCAGUGUGCACCAAACUGAACAGGGACCGGAGAAAGUAAAUCUCGGAGAUCAGAACGACAAUUACAGACAAGCGUGUUAAAGCGUGACAGGUCCGUGUGUACAAAGAGGUCACCAUGACAGGCGAGGAGACCCGUCAGAGGAGGAAGGAGGGCCGUGCCAAAAAUGAGGAACGAUCCAAGCAGAGAGCAAAGAAAAAAGGCAAACAGAAUGAGAACAGAGCCGUGGUCAGGGAGGUUACGGAAGAGGUGGUCCCAGUCAUUCCGGAAAAGCGGCCACCGGAGAAGAAGCCCCCCAUGCCUAAGCCGGGAGAUGAGUCCUCUCUCUCCAUCGCCAUGCAGGUCUUGUUGCCGUACCUGCUGGCAGGGCUGGGCAUGGUGAUGGCUGGGAUGGUGCUAGAUGUGGUACAGCACUGGGAUGUCUUCAAAACCAUUACAGAGAUCUUUAUUCUGGUUCCAGCUCUGUUGGGUCUCAAAGGCAACUUGGAGAUGACUUUGGCUUCUCGCCUCUCUACCGCAGCGAACACAGGUCAGAUGGAUGACCCCAGCGAGAGGUGGAAGAUGGCAAUCAGUAAUUUGGCGUUAAUUCAGGUUCAGGCCACGGUGGUCGGACUGUUGGCUGCCGUAGCUGCCGUCAUCUUAGGCGCUCUGUCUAAAGGUUACGUGGAACUGGAUCAAGCGGCCGUCCUCUGCGCCAGCAGCGUCACCACAGCGUUCAUCGCUGCUCUAUCAUUGGGCCUGGUCAUGAUCGGGGUCAUCAUUGCGUCUAGGAAGCUGGGAAUAAACCCUGACAACGUAGCUACUCCCAUCGCUGCCAGCCUUGGAGAUCUGAUCACCCUGUCACUGCUCGCGGGCAUCAGCAGCACCUUAUACCAAUACAUAGACAUUCAGUACAUCUCCCCCCUAAUCUGUGUUGUGUUCAUCAUCUUGAUCCCACUGUGGGUGGCUGUGGCUCAGCAGUCUCCGUCCAUAGCCGAAGUCUUAAAGUCUGGGUGGCAGCCAGUCAUCGUGGCCAUGUCGAUUAGCAGUAUUGGCGGUCUGAUCUUGGACAAGACAGUAACGGACCCUAAGUUUGAGGGAAUAGCAGUAUUCACCCCGGUUAUCAACGGUGUUGCGGGGAACCUGGUUGCCAUCCAGGCAAGCCGGAUCUCCACGUUCCUGCACUUCUGGAGUAUGCCCGGCGUCCUGCCGUACAAAAUGAGGCAACACUGGCCCAACCCUUUCACCACUUUCUUCUUUUCCGGAGUCAACUCCAAAUCGGCCCGUGUGUUACUGGUGCUGGUGGUGCCGGGGCACCUGGUCUUCCUGUACACCAUCCACCUGUUACAGGGCGGUCACGCUUCACUCACUGCUCCCUUUAUCGCUUUCUACCUGGUUGCUGCCCUCUUACAGGUUAGCGUCUUGUUAUACAUUGCGGACCUCAUAGUGCGGUUCAUGUGGAGGAGAGGACUGGACCCGGAUAAUUUCUCCAUCCCGUACCUCACUGCGCUGGGCGACCUGCUGGGGACCGGAUUCCUCGCCAUCUGUUUCCGGCUGGUCUGGUUACUCGCAGGGACCGAAUCAGAGCUGGGAGAUUGAAUAGACUGAUCUCUUGUUUUUUGCUACUAAAUUUGCACUUCAAAAGGAGCAAUAUGAGAUUAUCUCCGGGUUUUCAGCUGUGUACACACUGAACAGACUUCUUUACAUAAUGUAAGUGGAUGCAGGAAUAUUUAUCAGCGGCCACGGGUUUCUCAGCAAAAAACACAGCAGCGGAUUUAUAAGGAAAACGUUUUAUUUGUAUUUAAAUCUGAUGCUAUUUGUUUACAAUAAAACAAGUUGUACGGAA